AUGACGAAUGGUGGUUCUGAUCUCCCUCAAACCACUGCAUCUCCUUCUAGUUCGCGUACUAUUUUUCAUGAAGACGAUUAUACUCAUCCCUGUCACCCUUUAUAUGUUCACCCUUCUGAUGUGCUGGGAACUUCUUUGGUUUCCACUCCUUUUGAUGGUACAUGCUAUGGUACUUGGAGACAUACUGUUUUAGUCGCCUUGUCUAUUAGAAAUAAAACUGAUUUCAUAACUAGUGCUGUUGGGAGACCUCCUGAUGGGUUACCCUUAGCUAGACAAUGGCAAAGGUGCAACGAUCUUGUAAUAUCUUGGCUGAUAAAUUCAUUGUCUAAGGAUAUUGCUAGGAGUGUAGAAUAUUCUGAGUUUGCUAAAGAUAUAUGGAAUGAACUAGAAGAACAAUAUGGUAAAGCUGAUGGAGCUAGGGUCUUUGAAUUAAAGAAGGAACUAGCCCAUAUAUCUCAAGGAUCUCUUGAUAUAGCCUCCUACUUCAAUAAGAUCAAACAGUUGUGGGAUGAAAUUUCUUCCAUCUCUGCUGGUAGGGUAAAAGUUUGUACUUGUGGGGGCAAAUCAGCUUAA